CUGACAGCUUGCGACCCCCCAGGUAAUAACCUCACGACCCUCUGGGGGGUCCUGAUCCCCAGUUUGAAAAUCCCUGCACUAGACUGAUAUAGUAGCAACAGAGAUUUUUUUAAGCAGAGAAUGGAGUGAGGGAAUGACGUAAUACAUAGAACUAGACUGGGAAUUGUGAGUUUGCAGCAAAACUUUCCCAUGCUGGUCACUUCCCUCCAAAAAGCAGAAGUUGCUUGUGUGUUUGGGGGCUGGGUAUGGAAAUUGGAGGGAAAAGAGGAAGCUAAACGGCCUGUGCCUCAGCAAUCCUGGCUGGUUAGCUAGCAACAGGCUGCGGAAAACAGCUUGUUAGGUUACCAACACCUCAGAAAAGGAAUGAAAAGCUGGGGUCAUCAGGUGGUGGUAGAGGAAGGAAGGAAGCUGUUUAGAAUACGUGCUAGGUAUGAAACCUGGAUUUUAUAAAUGCUUUUGGUCUUUUAUCUCUUUCCCUUUGGUCAGAUGAAGGUAAUUGAACAUUCUGAGCAGGUCCUGAGGAUGGCAUUGAUCUCCAAGAACACACAGCUUGUGAAACUGUAUGAGAAUCUUGAGUCUAGGGAGAAGUGUUUGCUGAAUGAAGCGUUUCAGCCAGACAGUGUUCUCUUCAGACCCAUCACUCUUCAUUCGGAGUCAGACUGGAUCUCCUCACACCCUGAGCCCACCCAGGACUUUGAACAGUUUUAUAACGAUCCUUACAGAAGCAGACCGACAUCUCAGAAAAGUACCAUUUAUGUACAGCCCAUUGGUUCUUUUGGGGACACCAAAGUUAGUACGGAGGAUUAUAUGAAAUGGUUGAAGGAUUACUGUGAAGCCUUUUACUAUGGCCUAUCUGUAAAAAUCCUGGAGCCGGUUCCUGUUUCACACACAGGUUGUGCUUUUCGAGUGAAUGAGUACACAUGCAAUCUACAGAUUCAUGCAGGGGACCUCUUGAAAUACCUAAAAAAGAAAAAGCCAGAAGAUGCUUUCUGUAUUGUUGGGAUAACAAUGAUAGAUCUUUAUCCAAGGGCAUCCUGGAAUUUUGUCUUUGGCCAAGCCUCUUUGACAGAAGGAAUGGGGAUCUUCAGCUUUGCCAGGUAUGACAGUGACUUUUAUAGUGCGAGCUACAAAGGCAGACUGAAGCGUGUCAAGAAGCUUCCCUCAGCAGACUAUUCAGUUUUUGAUGGCUAUUAUACUCCUGCAAUCAACAGUAUGCUGCUUCUGAGGUCCUGCAAGACCCUGACCCAUGAGAUUGGGCACAUUUUUGGACUCCAUCACUGUCAGUGGCUGCAGUGUGUGAUGCAGGGUUCCAAUCACCUGGAGGAAUCGGACCGACGCCCAUUGGAUCUGUGUCCAAUUUGUCUGCGCAAGUUGCAGUCUGCCAUUGGCUUUCACAUUGUGGAGAGAUACCAGGCAUUACUGGGGUGGAUGGAUGAAGAUGAUAGUGGAAUGGAUGCUGAAUUCAGAAAUGAAGCCAAGAUGGGCUUGCUGAAACCUGUGGAAGCAUUUAAGGAGUAUCGAGAAUGGGUAUUAAAAUGUCUUGAUGUCUUGCAGAAAUAAAGCUGUAGGAGGUAUGUAGUAUCAAAGGGGAAACAUUCUCCUCUAUUUAAAGAGUUACUUUCAGGCUGACUACUUCUAAAACUGUUGUAACUUGAUAUGAAUCAUCCACUGCAUUGUAAGGAUCUUUAAAUAAAAAUCCAUCCCUUUGUCGCUGAA